UCAACAAGCGCGCGGUGCAGAACGCGGCUGCCACUGUGCACGGGGAGGAGAAGCCGAGAGAUGCCGCCGAUGCGUACAAAGGGGUGUGUCAUGGCCGCGAGGGCCGACGGCGGAGUGUGCGAGAUCAAGAUGGAUGACAGCGGCCGCCUGACGCACAGCUGGUGGCAAACGAGAGAGCAGGUGGCGCUUUGGAAUCGGUACGGUCACGUUGCGCUCUACGACGACACCGCCGUCAAGAACAGAUACCGGAUGCCCCUCGGUGUGCUCGCUGUCAUCGAUUCAGAGUAUCGGACGCGGAUCGUCGGCCAAAGCAUAACGGCGGACACCACAACGGACACUUUCCUGUGGAUGUUGAAGAGUGCGUUGGAGUCUCGCGGGGGGAAGCAGCCGGAUCUUCAUCCAGGACGCGGAUGCGGCGAUGACGGCGGCGGUGCGAGAGGUGUUCCCGGACGCGCUGACGAGGCGCUGAUUAUGGCACCUCAACCAGAACAUCAUCAAGGCCCUCGCUAAAGUCCUUGGUGGGGACAUGAAGCCUUUCAUGGACGAGUUCAGGUGUGUGCGUCAGC